CGACAACAAAGCCGACAGAGCCGACAACGACACAAAGCCGACAGAGCCGACAACAGAGCCGACAGAGCCGACAGAGCCGACAACAGAGCCGACAGAGACGCCAAAGCCGUCAAAGUUGAUAAAUUCGGCAGAGCCGGCCAAGCCGAUAAAUCCAAUGAACGUAUUCAAAAUUAAGGAAAAAGACUUUGUGAUACUCACUUUUUCGGAAAAUCUUGAAAUAGGAGAAAAUGCAAAACUACAUUUGACGUACAAUGGAAAGUUAAAUGAUGAAACACAUGGAUUCUUCAAAAGUUCUUACCAAGAUAAAGAAGGAAAAACGACAUGGUUCGCAGCGACUCAUUUUGAACCAGUAAGUGCGCGACAGGCCUUCCCAUGUUGGGACGAACCACAAUUCAAAGCAAAGUUUACAAUUACUAUUAAUGUUCCUGAUAAAAAAUACAAAGCGAUUUCGAAUACACUCGUAAAUGAAAAAGAAAAUGCAACGACUUUCGAACAAACACCUUUAAUGUCCUCUUAUCUUGUGGCUUUUGCUGUUUCGGAUUUCCAAGGUCUGUCAAAUGAGGGCAAAAAUUUUAGCAUUUGGGCAAAACCUACAGUAGAGGAUAGCGAGAAAGAAUUCGCACUCAAAUAUGGAGAGACAACAUUAGAGGAACUGAAAGAUUUUACCAACAUUGAUUAUUACCGAAUGAUAAACAAGAUGGAUCAAAUUGCGAUUCCAGGUUUCUCCGGUGCUAUGGAGAAUUGGGGUCUUGUGACGUACAGAGAAUCUGGACUUCUCAAUGUAAAGGGUAAAACAACCACGAAAGCCAAGCAGGAAAUAGCAACAGUAAUAGCCCACGAGUUGUCUCAUCAAUGGUUCGGUAAUUUAGUUACUUGCAAAUGGUGGAACGACAUUUGGUUAAAUGAAGGAUUUGCUACCUUUUUCCAAUAUUACAUUACUGAUAAGGUUAUUUCAAAAAUGAAUGAAAAAGAAUCUUGGCGUCUUAUGGAACAGUUUGUUAUUAAAAAUGUACAAGAAACGUCGUUCGUCGUUGAUGCAAGCAGUAAAACUCAUGCAUUGAACCCUAAAACCAGUAUACAAUCUCCUUCCCAAAUUCGAAGCUUAUUCGAUGAUAUCUCUUACAAGAAAGGCGCUGCUAUUCUUAAUAUGCUGUAUGAAUUUUUCGGAGAAGAUCUCUUUAAGAGUGGACUUAGACAAUAUCUAGACGAAUACUCGUACAAGCCUGUUACUUCUGGCAAUCUCUUUGAUGCUAUUGGAAAACAGAAGGAAGUGAAAGAAGACUAUUUGCCGAAAAACGUUACACUUGAAGAUAUCAUGAAAAACUGGAUAAACGAACCUGGAUAUCCUGUCGUCACCAUCAAUAGGGAAGAGGAUGGUAAAAUUACUGCAGAGCAGGAACGAUUUUUCUUGGUACAACCUGCGAAAAAAGAUGAGACUCAAUGGUAUAUACCUCUCAAUUAUGUAAUUCAAGACGACUACGACAAAGUGUUGCCCAAGGAUAAAAAGUCUGGUUGGUUGGCACCAACAAAAGAGAAAAAGGACAAGAAAAACAAAAAAUCAUUUGAUGAAGAGAUUGAAAAUACUAAAUGGAUACUUUUCAAUAAAGAUCAAACAGGAUACUAUCGUGUAAAUUACGAUAAUGCAAACUGGAAACUUCUAUCGGAAUUCUUAGAAAACAAUCCUGGUAAUUCAAAUAUAAGUGCGACCAACCGCGCCCAAUUGAUCGACGAUGCGUUAAAUCUUGCGCGUGCAGGAUAUUUGAAGGAUUACGCAAUUGCAUUGGAUAUCACAAAGUAUUUAAACACGGAGAUUGAUUAUAUUCCAUGGUAUGCCGCUGUCAGAGCAUUUGAUUAUCUGGAUAGCGUAUUACAGGGUGGACAGCAACACGAAGUAUAUAAGAAAUAUGUCGCUGCCAAGAUACAAGGUUUAGUAAAUAAAGUCAACUACAAAGAUUGGGAAAAUGGUACCCAUGUAGAUAAACUCGCCAAAGUAUUGGCGCUAAAGACGGCUUGUAAAUAUGGCUGGCAAGACUGCACGGAAUUCGCUACUGAGACGCUCACACAGUGGCUGAAAAAAGAUCAAGACAAUGAUAAGAAAACAAAUACACAAAAAAACAAAAAAAAGGACAAGAAUCCGUUCCUUUCCGACUUCUGGAUAGACAUAAGGAGUGAAAUUCUUUGCGCCGGAUUGCGAGAGGCAACUGCAGAAACGUGGAACAAUGCUUUAAACAAGUACGAAUCCGUCACAGACAAUGAUGAAAAGAAGGACAUUCUGGCAGGCCUUGGCUGUGUCACAGCAAAAGAAACCAUAGAGUUAUUCCUCAAUAAAUCAAUCGGGAAGGAUUCCAUUGAUGUUUUCGCCACGAUGAAUUCGAUAGCGGCGGGUAAUGCCAAAUCCUUCGAUAUUCUUAUAAAUUUCAUUAAGAACCAUCUCGAGGACAUCCAAAAAGCAGAUAAAGAAGAUAACUCGUUGCUCAUCGCCCUCUUCAAUAAUCUCGCCAACAAAGUCGACACGAUAGAACAAUAUGGAGAGUUGUCGAAACUCAUUUACGGGCAACUACAAAACACACAGAAAGUUGAAUUGGCCGCCGCUAUACACAAAAUUGAAUGGAUCAAGUCUCAUCGUACUGAUGUUGAAAAAUGGAUGGUAGAGCAUCAACCAGAAACUCAACAACCCAACGAACCAGACUCAGCAAGUUCUAUUACUUUGACGUCGUUCCUUCUGUUUAUCACAUUACUAAUUACACGAUGCACGAUGUUAACAAUGAGAUUUUUGCUGCCGUUGAUGCUUGCCAUAGUAGCUUGCUGGGCAAGCAUUUAUCCUUUCGAGAAUGAGCUUCCGCAAGCUCUUGAAGAAAUUUCGGACAACUAUAGAUUGCCAACAAAUGUCGUUCCUACUGCAUAUAAUAUCGAAUUGACGCCGACUUUUGAGUCAGACAAUAAAACAGCAAAAUUUACUUUCCAAGGAAAGUCUAUAAUCACUCUCGACAUUAAGGAAAGAACAAAUACUAUAAUGUUCCACGCCAGAGGUCUUGAAUUUAAUAAGGAGGAUAUUAAAUUAAAAUAUAGUGUAUCACAAAGUGCAAUAAAAAUGUAUACAGCAAUAAAAGUAUUGAAAAUUAAGGAAAAAGACUUUGUGAUGCUCUCUUUUAUGAACAACCUUGACAUAGUGAACAAUGCAGAACUAUAUUUGCAAUACACUGGAAAGUUGAAUGACGAAACACGUGGAUUCUUCAAAAGUUCUUACCAAGAUAAAGAAGGAAAAACGACAUGGUUUGCAGCGACUCAUUUUGAACCAGUAAGUGCGCGACAGGCCUUCCCAUGUUGGGACGAACCACAAUUCAAAGCAAAGUUUACAAUUACUAUUAAUGUUCCUGAUAAAAAUUACAAAGCAAUUUCGAAUAUGCCCGGAAAAGUAACAGAAAAAAAAACAAUUUUUGAACAAACACCUUCAAUGUCCCCUUAUCUCGUAGCUUUUGCAGUUUCGGAUUUUACAAAUCUGACAAAUAAGGACAAAAAUUUUAGUGUUUGGGCAAAACCUACAGUAAGGCAAAGCGAGAAAAGAUUUGCAUUUUAUUAUGGAUGGAAAGUACUAGAGGAACUGAAAGAUUUUACCAACAUUGAUUAUUACGGAACAAUGAAAAAAAUGGAUCAAAUUGCGAUUCCAGGUUUCUCCGGUGCUAUGGAGAAUUGGGGUCUUGUGACGUAUAGAGAAUCUGGACUUUUCAAUGUAAAUGGUAAAACAACCACGGAAGCCAAGCAGGAAAUAGCAACAGUAAUAGCUCACGAGUUCUCUCAUCAAUGGUUUGGUAAUUUGGUUACUUGCGAAUGGUGGAAUGAAAUUUGGUUAAAUGAAGGAUUUGCUACCUUUUUCCAAUAUUACAUUACUGACAAGAUUAUUUCAAAAAUGUAUGACAAAGAAUCUUGGCGUCUUAUGGAACAGUUUGUUAUUAAAAAUGUACAAGAAACGUCGUUCGUCGUUGAUGCAAGCAGUAAAACUCAUGCAUUGAACCCUAAAACCAGUAUACAAUCUCCUUCCCAAAUUAGAAGCUUAUUCGAUGAUAUCUCCUACAAGAAAGGCGCUGCUAUUCUUAAUAUGUUGUAUGGAUUUUUCGGAGAAGAUAUCUUUAAGGCUGGACUUAGACAAUAUCUAAAUAAAUACUCGUACAAGACUGUUAAUUCUGAUCAACUCUUCUCUGCAAUAGUAAUAGAACCAGAGAAUUUGCCGGAAUUCAUUCAAUUUGCAGAUGUCAUGAAAACAUGGAUAAACAAACCUGGAUAUCCUGUCGUCAUCGUCAAGAGGGACAAAGACGGUGUAAUUAAUGUAAACCAGGAACGAUUUUUCUUGAUAAAACCAGCGAAAAGAGAUGACACUCAAUGGUAUAUUCCUCUCAAUUAUGUAACUCAAGAUGACCCUCAAGUCGUUAUGCCAAAGAUUAAAAGAUUUCGCUGGAUGCCGCCCAGAACAACAAUGAUAUUGCGUAAUGUUAACAAUACUAAAUGGAUACUUUUUAAUAAAGAUCAAACAGGAUACUAUCGUGUAAAUUAUGAUGAUGCAAACUGGAAACUUCUAUCGGAGUUCUUAGAAAAAAAUCCUGAUAAUUCAAGUAUAAGUGCGACCAACCGCGCCCAAUUGAUCGACGAUGCGUUAAAUCUCGCGCGUGCAGGAUAUUUGAAUUACACAACUGCAUUGGAGAUCACAAAGUAUUUAUACACGGAGACUGAUUAUAUUCCAUGGUAUGCCGCUGUCAGAGCAUUUGAUUAUCUGGAUGGCGUAUUACAGGGUGGACAGCAACACGAAACAUAUAAGAAAUAUGUCGCUUCCAAGCUAAAAGGUUUAGUCACUAAAGUCAACUACACAGAUUGGAAAAAUUGUGGACAUGUAGAUAAACUCGCCAAAGUAUUAGCGCUAAAGACAGCUUGUAAAUAUGGCUUGGAAGACUGCACGGAAUUCGCUACUAAGACGCUCACACAAUGGCUGGAAAAAGAUCAAGACAAUGAUAAGACACAAGAAGACAAAAAAGAGGACAAGAAUCCGUUCCUUUCUUCUGACUUCUGGAUAGACAUAAGGAGUGGAAUUCUUUGCGCCGGAUUGCGAGAGGCAAGUGCAGAAACGUGGAAUAAAACUCUAACCAAGUACAAAUCCGUCACAGACAAUGAUGAAAAGAGAGACAUUCUGGCAGGCCUUGGCUGCACCACAGCAAACGAAAUCAUCCAGAGAUUCCUCGAUUUAUCAAUCGAAAAGGAUCCCGUCAUCGACGUUUUUGCCACGAUGAAUUCAAUAGCGGCGGGUAAUGCCAAAUCCUUCGAAAUUCUUAUAAAUUUUAUUAACAACAACAUCGAGAAAAUCCAAAAAGCAGAUAAUGAAGAUAACUCGUUGCUCAUCGCUUUCUUCAAUAAUCUUGCUAACAAAGUCGACACGAUAGAACAAUAUGCAGAGCUUUCGCUACUCGUUCACCGGCAGAUACAAACCACACAGAAAGUUGAAGGAUUGGCCGACGCUAUAUACAAAAUUGAAUGGAUCAAAAAUUAUCGAGCUGAUGUUGAAAAAUGGUUGCUAGAUAAUGCUGGAUCUAAAGAAGAAAACUCCAGAAAACCAGAUUCCGCAACUUCUAUUACUUUGACAUCGUUCCUUCUGAUUAUUACACUAUUAAUCACACAAUUCUAAAAAGAAUCAAAUUUAUAGUUUCGUUGUACAAUUGUAAAAUCUCUUUAAUUAAGUUAAACUUAAUCAUACUUUGUCAAUAAAGUGGAUAUCAUGUAUAAUACUUUUUUCUGCCUCUUCCAACAAUGAUUCAAUUAUCGAAAUAUUGUCGCAUUUAAUUUUGUAAAUGAGAAGAAGAUGAAAUCGUGUGGAAAGCCUCGUAUUAUACAUUAUCCAAUUUAUGAUUUUAUAUUAUUGAGUUAUGUCAGAUUUGUUUUAUAAACGUUUGUUGUAAUUUAUGAGACAUUAAAAAUGUUUAGAAACAAUGUCAAUAAGCUAAAUAAUAUUACAAUAUUUAACAAGAAGGUAAUAAAAAUUAGAACUCAAAUAAAUAUUGUGAAAAUUUCUACUGUCAUAAUUAUAUACAAAAAAUAAUAAAGACGUUUAAUA